ACGAGAUGUCGAAUAUCGUAUGUUACAUUAUAUCACUAUUUUGUUUUGUUUCGUUAUAUUUUGCUUGCGGUGGUGUGAGUGAAUCUUUGCGGAAAACGCCGACGAUUGAGGCCAAUGUCAGCAAUAAUGAUGUCACGGAGACGCAGCAUACCAUUUGCAAAAUUGCAACGGAAGAUGUGGUCGCGAAUGCACGUGCCACUGUCACAACAGUACUCACUGGAGCAUGUAAGGCCAAAACAAUGGACGAAAAGUUCGCGAAUCUGGAGGAAAAGUUGAGCAAGGAAUUUGCGGAUAUUAAGUGGUUAAUUUACAGCAUUUUGGAGCAACAACCGAAUUAUUUGAAAAGUGUGCGAAACGUUAAUCUUCACGAUGGAAUAUUUGAUGAUUAUUUAUUCCCGAGACAAGAUGAGAUCGAUAAAUUCAACAAUACCAUGCAAAGCUUAUUAAUAUUAAAUGGUUCGACAAAUGCAUUCACUUAUUACUGGCAGGUGAGGAACUUCAACGUGAUGCUGUCGAGCUGGCAGACAGGCCGUUCAAUACGCAGUCCUACCUUCUAUGCGGGUCGCAGCGGUUAUGCCAUGUAUUUGAAAAUCACUCCGAAAUAUUUUCCCGAUGGCACGGUCUUCGUAGCUGUCGGAUUGACCCGCGGUCGUUAUGAUUCCGUUCUCACGUGGCCGUUUCCUUACAGGAUCCGCCUCGAGGUAUUAGAUCAUUCUUUAAGAGGCCUGCGUGAGGAUCGACGAUCUCGAAUUUGGGAUCCGGCCACGCUUUGUACACAAGAUUUCUGGGGUAGACCAGCAGGAGUGGCGGAUAAUCCAGAGUGCGUCGGACUGAGUAUUCCCAGACGUAUAAUUCUAUCAAAAUCAUUAUCAACAUCGUCUCAACGAUAUUCAAGAAACACGAGAUACAUGUGGAAUGGAAGUGUGCUAAUAAAACUUAUUGUUUAUCUCUAGACUAUUUAAGGUAAAUGUAC